GAGAGAGAGAGAAGCGAGCUCCUCCGGGUCACACGGGGACCAGCACCGCCCCUGUGCCGCUGCCGGGAGCCGCUAGAGGGGGCUCGGCGACCCCCGGUCACGGCUCGGGGGGCGACGAAGGCGGCGGGGAGCCGGGGGAUGCGGGCAGCCAAAGCCCGGCACGGAGGUGAGGGGGCCCCGCUGCUGGCGGGGAGUCCCCCGAUCCUCCCCGCGGGGCCGAAAGCCCAGCCCCUUCCUCGGCCGUAGCCUUCCCGCCCGGCUCUGCCUUCCGGGCUGUAUUUACCUCUCUCCGAUUUAUCGCCCCCCCUCAAUUAACGUUUUAUUGCUCUAUGCUCAAAGAGCGGCCAUAAACCGCUGGCCCGGCCCCCGGGCCCGCCCACACGGAGGCGGCCGGGAAGGCGCCGUUGGCCUGGGGUAAAAAGGCCCCGUCCCCGGCACCGGGCAUGUGGCGGGGAGAGGGACGCCCGGGGCGGCUGCCUGGGACCCCACCAAGGGCUGGGGCCCCCCACUCCCUGCCGCCGCCCGCCAUCGAGUUCCCUGAGGAGAGCUCGGAGCCGCGCUUUGACGAAUCAGAUGUGCCAGCAGAACUGCGAGUUGCAAAUGGGUCACAGAAAUUUGUAAACUUCACCUCAACCAUCCAAAACCAGCUGCUGCUUGUGUCGCUGCUGGAGCAUCUCUGCCACAUGUACACGCACAACCCUGUUCAUUCGAGGUGUUUGUUCCGAAUACUUCGUCAGGCUUUUACAAGAACAGGGUUGCUCUCCCCUUUUGCCUUCUGUGAUGAAUUUAGUACUGUAAGACUGCAGCAUAAUAGAGCCAUUACUGAACUAAUGAAAGCAGCUAAUCGACAAGUACUUAAUGGGGAACUGGAUAAUGGAGAUUCUCAUGCAAUUGGGGGAAAAGAACUUCUCUUGGAAGCACAGACUUCACGAUACUUGAAUGAAUUUGAUGAGAUUGCAAGACUAGGAAAAGGAGGAUAUGGUCAAGUAUUCAAGGUCAGAAACAAGUUAGAUGGUCAGUUCUAUGCUAUUAAAAAAAUCAAUAUUAAGAAGGCUACAAGAAGAGAUUGCAUGAAGGUACUUCGAGAAGUUAAAGUGCUGGCUGGACUGCAGCAUCCUAAUAUUGUUGGCUAUCACACUGCUUGGAUGGAACAUGUUCAAACUUUAUGUCCAAAAGAUAAGACAAUAUUGAAGUUGCAGCCAUUAUCUUUGGAGCAAGAGAGUGUCAAUAAUCACUGUCGCAUUCAGAGUGUGGGAAGUGGUAGUUCAAUUAUCUUUGCUGACCUUACUUCACAAGAGGAGAAGUCCCGUGACAGUACCUGUCUUAGAAAUCUGGAUAGUGAAUCAGUGCAGAACAUGGAUGUAAAGAAUGAUUUCACUAACAGCAGUAGUAAAGAAUGUAUGAAACCAAAUGGAUGUGAAUUACCCCUGGAAGUACAAGAAGACUCUGUAAGUAAUGUUGACAGUGGGUCAACUGAUUUUAAAAAUCAUUCAUCACAUGGACCUCCUUGUAGUCUGGAUCUAGAUGUUAGCACUGAAAGUAAGUCCUGCACUGAAGGAUGUUCCAAGAACGAUGUAGCUCUCUGUGGACAGUUUGAGGUGGAGUAUCGUUUGAUGCUUCAUAUACAGAUGCAACUGUGUGAACUGUCCUUAUGGGAUUGGAUUGUUGACCGUAAUAAAAAAUACAGUGAGAGAACAGAAGAAACUGCCAGUCCAUACCAUCUUGUGGAUGUCAACUGGACAAUUAAAAUUUUUCAGGAGCUAUUAGAAGGAGUGUGCUAUAUCCACAGCAUGGGAGUGAUGCAUCGAGACAUUAAACCCAGAAAUAUCUUUCUACAUGGAUCAGAUCAUCGUGUUAAAAUAGGAGAUUUUGGAUUAGCAUGCAAAGACCUCCUUUCGGAUGAUGCAGAUCAGUGGUUUCACACAGAAAGGACAAAUGGUCUGACGCAUACUUCAGGUGUGGGGACUUGCCUCUAUGCCUCACCAGAACAACUGCAGGGAUCUGACUAUGAUUUCAAGUCAGACAUGUAUAGCUUGGGUGUUAUCCUGCUAGAACUCUUCCAGCCCUUUGGAACAGAAAUGGAAAGAGCAGAAGUUCUUACACAUUUAAGGAAUGGCCACAUUCCUCAUACUUUCUACAAAAAAUGGCCUGUUCAAGCCAAGUAUGUCAAGCUUCUCACCAGUCAGGUAUCUACAGAAAGACCAACUGCUGCUCAGCUUCGUGAAAGUGAACUAUUUCAUACCACAGAACAUGUUAUUUAUAAUCUACAGCAGAAGUUGAGACAGCAAGAGGAAGAAAUAGAAAAAUUGAAAGAGAAAUUAAGACGUCUUUCUACUGAACAAGAUGAACAUAUGAGCCUAGGUUCUCCAGUUUAAGUACAGGAAGAACAAAACUAUUGUAUAUUAAAUUAUAUAAAACUUUUUUUUUUUACAUAAAAUAUUUCAAUGCA